AUGAAUCUAACGAAGAGAUUACUGAGUUCAAUCAAGCUCGCUAACUCGCUAUACUCAACUCAACUGGCCAGAACUCACCUCCAUAAUCAGGUUAGAACUCGGGUUCUUCACUUAUAUGCACCCACUUACGUUUCUCCAUUCCACAAUUUCCAUGGACGACUGUUCUUUUCUUCGAAACCAGAACAAAUCCUAAAUCUGAUUUUAUCUGAAAAUUGGUCUGAGAAGUUAGAGGAUGAGUUAUCGAACUCAAAAUCCGAUUUCACCCAUGAAUCUGUCAUGUAUGUUCUUAAGAAACUAUCGAAGGAUCCGAAAAAGGCAUCCGAUUUCUUCAAUUGGAUCGUUGGAAAAUUAGGGUUUCAACCCAGUUCUUCGAUGUAUAGCUUAAUGCUUCGAAUCUAUGGGAACAAAGAAUCGAUAAAACAGUUGUGGAUCACUGCUCAAAAGAUGAAAGAAGGUGGUUUCUUCAUCGAUGAUCAAGCGUAUCUAUUGAUUCUUAGGGAUUUCAAGAGCUUGAAGAUGGUUAAUGAAGCUGCACUUUUGACCAAAUUUUAUAAUUCAAUGAUGAAAGAUGAUCAUGUGGAUGAUUUAGUUGAUCAGAUUGUUGGUGUUUUGAUUGAAUCAAAUUGGGGAAAUGGGGUUGAGAAGAGGUUAGAGGAGAUGAAGUUUGGAUCGAAACUAUCGGAUAAUUUCAUUCUUAGAGUAUUGAAGAAUUUAAGAUCAUAUCCUCUGAAAGCAUUAGGGUUUUUCAAAUGGGUUAGUGAUAGUUUCGAUUAUGAACACAAUACUGUUACUUACAACGCGAUUCUCAGGGUUCUUGGCCGUGAAGAUUCGUUAGAAGAGUUUUGGAGUACGUUUAACGAAAUGAAGAACGUUGGUCACAAAAUGGAUCUCGAUACGUAUUUAAAGAUCACAAGAUUGUUUCAGAAACGUAAGAUGUUUAAGGAGGCGGUGGAUCUUUACGAGCAAAUGAUGGAUAGUCCUUAUAAGCCGUCGAUUCAAGAUUGUAGUCAGCUUUUAAGGAACAUUGCAGGCAAUCGUUCGCCCGAUCUAGAUCUUGUAUUCAGAGUCGUGAAUAAAUUCAAAGAAACAGGAAAUUCUCUUUCGAAAAGCGUUUAUGAUGGUAUUCAUCGAUCUUUAACGAGUGUAGGUCAGUUUGAUGAAGCCGAGAAGAUGAUGACAGCCAUGAAAGAAGCGGGAUACGAACCCGAUAACAUAACCUACAGCCAAUUAAUCUUCGGGCUUUGUAAAGCCCGAAGAUUAGAAGAAGCUUCAAACGUGAUCGAUCUAAUGGAAUCAAACGGAUGCAUUCCCGACAUCAAAACAUGGACGAUCCUGAUCCAAGGACACUGUUCAGCCAAUGAGGUCGAAAAAGCUCUGAUCUUUCUAGCAAAUAUGAUCGAGAAAGGCUGCGAAGCCGACGCGGAUCUUUUGGACGUUCUAAUAAACGGGUUUUUGCAUCAAGAAAACGCGAUAGCCGCCCACCAGUUACUGACGGAGAUGGUGGAGAGCGGCGGCGUGAAACCAUGGCAAGCAACCUACAAGAAUCUGAUUCAAAAGCUGUUAGCAGAACGAAAGAUUGAAGAAUCGUUGGAGGUUCUUCGGCUUAUGAGAAAACACGGGUACCCGCCGUUUUCGGAGGCGUUUGUCGGGUAUCUCUCGAAAUUUGGAACAAUUGAUGAGUGUUUGGAGUUCUUGAAGGCAUUGAGUGUGAAAGAAAGCCCUUCAAUUUCUGCAUACCAGAAUAUGUUUCAGGGUAUGUUUGAUGAAGGAAGAGAAAUGGAGGCUAAAGAUUUGUUAUUCAAGUGUCCUCCUCAUAUUCGCAAACACAAAGCACUUUCCAGUCUUUUUGGGUCCGUUGGAUCAUUUGUGGUAUGAAUGUUAUGAUUUAUGGGUUUUUGUUUUCUUAGAAAGGUUUGUUCUUGACUAA